AUGUGCGGCAUCAUCGGCAUCUACCGCCGCGAGGGCGACGUCGCCGUGGAGGUGUACGAGGGCCUCCUGAUGCUGCAACACCGCGGGCAGGACUCGGCCGGCAUCGUCACGACCGACGGCCUGAAGUUCCGCGAGCACAAGGACAACGGCCUCGUCAAGGACGUCUUCCCGCCGGACGCCAUGGCGUCCCUCAAGGGGUCCGUGGGGAUGGGGCACGUGAGGUACCCGACGGCCGGCACGUCGUCGGCGAUUGAGGCGCAGCCCUUCUUCGUCAACUCCCCGCUGGGCAUCUACCUGAUCCACAACGGCAACCUGACGAACACGGCGGCGCUGCGGAAGCUGCUGAACUCGUCGACGUCGUUCUUCAACCGGCACCUGCGCACGUCGUCGGACUCGGAGGUGCUGCUCAACGUGUUUGCGGACGAGAUCCACCGCGCGCACCAGCAGUGCCUGGCGGAGGGCGCGUGCGACCCGAACGCGCAGAAGUCGCAGAUGGUGCUGGACGCCGGGAAGCGCGUGAUGGAGCUGUGCGAGGGCGCGUUCUCGGUGAUCACGCUGGUGAUGGGCGUGGGGCUGGUGGCCUUCCGGGACCCGUACGGCAUCCGCCCGCUCGUCCUGGGCACGCGCGACACCGAGGACGGGCCCGAGUGGGCGGUCGCGUCCGAGGACUGCGCGUUCGGGCCGCUCGGGUUCGAGCGCGUGCGCGACGUGGCGCCCGGGGAGAUGAUCAUCGUCACGCCGCAGGGCGAGCUCAUCUCGCAGCAGUGCGUGCCGGGGCGCCUGUGCCCGUGCAUCUUCGAGUACAUCUACCUCGCGCGCCCGGACACGGUCCUGAACGACAUCUCGGUGUACAACUUCCAGCUCGGCCUCGGGCGGCUCAUUGCCAAGCGCGUCGAGGCCACGGGGUGGGACAUCGACAUGGUCGUGCCCGUGCCGGACGGGUCGCGGCCCGCGGCGAUCGAGAUCGCGAGCGAGAUGAACAUCCCCUACCGCGAGGGCCUCGUCAAGAACCGCUACGUCGGGCGCACCUUCAUCAUGCCCGACCAGCGCACGCGCGAGCUCUCCGUGCGGCGCAAGCUCAACGCGAUGCCCGCGGUGUUCGACGGGAAGAGCGUGCUGCUCGUCGACGACUCCAUCGUCCGCGGCACGACCAUGAACCAGAUCGUCGCCAUGGUCCGCCGCGCGGGGGCCAAGAAGGUCUACCUGGCCUCGGCCUCGCCCCCGGUCAAGUACCCCAACGUCUACGGCGUCGACAUGCCCUCGCGGAAGGAGUUCGUCGCCAACGAGCUCACCGCCGACGAGGUCCGCGACGUCCUCGGCGCCGACGGCCUCAUCUACCAGGAGAUUGACGACAUGGUGGCCCUCGGGAAGAGCCUCAACGAGAACAUCGACGAGUUCGACGCCUCCUGUUUCUCGGGGCACUACGUGACGGAGAGCGUCUCGCAGGAGUACCUCGAGUCUCUCGAGCGCAAGGGGCGCGGGAAGGGACGGUCGAACAAGAGCGCGGAGACAGUGGAGGUCUGA